AGGCAACGACGCCAGCGUCAACAUGUCCGGAGGAGCGACGCGUCGUGAAAAGAAAGAACAGCCUAAAGGAAAGAAACAGGACAGCGUCUUCCUCCAGUGGGCCGCGCUGCCCCCCCGACUCACCCAGGACCUGCUGGAGAGAAGCGCGGGAGAGCUUCAGGCGGAAUUAAAGGAGAUUCUGGACUUCAGGAACCAUCAGACCUGCAUGAAGGAAGCUGCUUUGCUGGAUUUCUAUGUCUGUGGUUUCUGGUGGGCAAAAGAGGCCAACUUCACCCCCAUGCAGACCUCCUUCACCAUGGCUGUGCUACACAUGCUACUGGGCAACAUAAAAGAGAAACAGAUGACUUUAGUGGAGAACUUGAUGGAGUUUGCUAAGGCCUUAGCUGCUGCCUGUCAGAGCUCCACUUCAGAGGCAGACACCACUUCACUUCUCGACAGAGAAGAAGCCACUGCACUCAUAAGUUACGUCAGAAACAGUCUGUUUCAGAAAUACAGGCUCUAUGAGCUGCUCUUCACCACAUCCAGAGAGGAGCUGCUGACAGGCACGGAGAAGACCAUUGAGGUGUUCAGCUGUCCAGAUGCUCUCACUCCACUGGAAGAAGGAAUUUCCACUCAGCUCUUCUUCCAGUAAAUGUCUCUGCUUGCUGUCCAGGAAAACGAGCAGGCUCAGUCCAGUGAGGAACUACAUCUGGAAGAGAAAAACUCUGCUGUCAGUGCAAAACAGCCCUGCCGAAACGCAACAAUAAAUCACAUCUAUCACACUUAUUAUUAUUAUUAUUAUUAAAUUGUAUUUUACUUUGAUCAGUGAUCUGUUCUAAGAGCUCCUUAGCAUACGAUAUAAAGCAGUUUUAUAGGGAAAAAAUAUCAUAUUUUUGUUACAGUGCUAUGUUUCACUGUUUUAUUUAGACUCAUUUGGUUGUAAUAUUGCUCGCAGUAAUAAAUGCAUGUGUAGUUCAUGACCCUUCUGGACACAGUUUGUGGUGUGUGCGUAUGUGUCAAGGUUGUCAGAUACAGUCUGCCCUCUUCUGGCCAACAAUACACAUUGUAGAAAC